AUGGGAAACGUCAAUUCGGAUAUCGACAAGUCUGCCCCUCCAUCCAAGGACUCUACCCUGUCUGAUGGAGAGAUUCCUGACCAUGACCACGUCGCAACCACGUCCACAUCCGCGGCUGCGAAGACCUCUUCUGCAAUUUCUAGCAGUGGUGAUGGGCGUCGAAAGUUACCUGACGGUGUGAACUCGGGAACUCUCUUGUCUGUACUCAGCAAUGUUCUUUCCGGGCGCUCAGCAGAGGGUGCACCGAAGACCUGGCGGCCGGAUCUUAAGCCCAUGCUUCGAUGUGCAGUUGAAGGUCCCGACGGUAAAAACCAAGUCAAAUACCUGACCUGGGACCAGUCAAAAGGCGAAGACCUCGGAAUCCACCGCCUUUCAGGCGACUUCUUCAACUCAGACGGAUACUGCGCUUGCGAGCCUCUCUGGCUCAGGGGUGGCGACUGGAAUCAUGCGACGAUCUCUUUUUUCAAACAGUUGGAUGAUGAUGAUGAAUGGGAGGUCGUGCACAACGUGUUUCAAUACGAGAACAUUACACUACCAAAAUUGAGCGAAAGAGCAAUCUGGGCAGAGAAACCGAGUGUCGAAUGGGUUGGCUUGAGAUUCUGGGACGUGAAGUUGAGAGAGACAUUCGGAGUGGGCACGAAUCCUCACCGUGGUAGGCUGCGCGUUGUCACGCACAACCAAUUUGGAGAUAGCGACUUGAAAAUGGUCAUGAAAAUCUGGCCAACACCUGUGAGUAGCCAAAUUGGCCUGGAAAACGAGAUGAUGGUAUACGGAGUUUGCGAUGGCACGGGCAUUACGCCGGAGUUUGUUGGCUAUGUCAGCGAGCAGGGGAGGGUCAUUGGAAUGUUGACAAAAUACCACGGAAAGGCACACAAGCCGAAAACCGACGACGAGAAGGAGCUGUGCCGCACAGCCCUGCACACUUUCCAGACGUUGACGGGUUGGCAGCGAAAGCCCAGGGCGAAUCACAAAGACAACUAUCUUAUAGAAGAUGGCAAGGUGCUCCUCAUCGACCUCGCCAGCGUGUACCCUCCUGAGGAGGUUUCCAGGAAGGGAAAUGAGUGGACACAGAAGCUUCUUCAUGAGGACUUUGACGCACACUGGGACUACGACAAGCACAUCCUCAACUAA